AUGACGCGGACAAACCAUACACUUUUACUUCCUUGCCGACAGAUCUACGAUCUCCUUCAGUGGCAGCACCAGGCUGUGCUUCCUACCCAAGGGCUUGCGCAGGACCUCAUUCGCCCAUUCGGUCGUCUCAAUCUCGUUGCCGAAAAAGUCGACAGCUUCCCUGACAGCUUCACAGAGGAUGACAUGGCCCAAGACCCACAGGUGUUCCAAAAAAGAAUAUUCUUGAUGUCAGACGAGAUGCUACGAAUCCUCAUUUCGACGACCCCAUUCUCCAUAAUGACGCCUUUUACAUCUGACCGACUUCGACAUAUUUUCACUCAAACAGGCCAACCAUCCUUUCACAGCUCUCGAUAAGGGAUUGA